AUGGCCUCCAGAGGCAGCAGACCCAAGCCCCAGAGCAUUCCACUCAGCUUGGAGGGAAUCCAACAGAACCAGCGGGUAUGGCUGGUGAAGCUUCCUAAAUACCUGUCACAGCAGUGGUCCGAAGCUUCUGGAAGCGGUGAAGUAGGGAAGCUGCAGAUUGCCAAAAAUCAAGGGAAGUCUGAAAUCUCAUUUAUUUUGAAUAAGGAACUUACAGACAUUCGGGGUACAGAUGGACAACCUGCCCCAGUCAUCGCUCCCAGGGAGCAUCAGCUUGUCUUGCAGGGGGUCAGAGGGCAGGUCCUCACAGCGCUGACUGAGCGUGCACCGGAUCAGCUCUCCCUGGAAGGAACGGUGGUACAUCGGGGAGAAUGCAGACCUGCUCUGAGUGAAAACUACAUGAGGCUGAAGAGAAAGCAAAUAGAGGAGUCUUCCAAACCUGCCAGAACUGUACAGAAACUGGAGAAGGUAGUCACGACCAAUUAUAAACCUGUUGCCAAUCAUCAGUACAACAUUGAAUAUGAGAAGAAAAAGAAAGAAAAUGGAAAGAGAGUGAAGGCUGAUAAAGAUCAAGUUUUAACCUUGCUAUUUGCUGCCUUUGAGAAACACCAGUAUUAUAACAUAAAGGACUUGGUUGGCAUCACUAUGCAACCUGUGGUGUACCUGAAGGAAAUCUUGAAUGAAAUCGGUGUUCGGAAUGUAAAAGGGCCCCACAAAAACACAUGGGAGCUAAAAGCAGAGUACCGGUAG